AUGGGACGCGGCAGGGCCGGGCUGCCGUCAGCUGACACUCCGCUCCAUCCACCGACAUCUUGGCUCAGUCCGGAGGAACCGGAGGACACCGGAGGAACCGGAGGACACCGGAGAGCCCGCUUUUUCACGGUCAAACGUCCGGAUGGAGUGACUGCGGGGCGCUCAGCCGGAGAUACACAGCCGAAAAUGGAGCAAGUUUUCAGAAAUUGUGUUUUAGCAAUUGAGGAAAACUGGAAACCAUCCAGCCUGAGGGAUUGGGAGGAGAUUGGCUCUGGGGGUUUUGGACAAAUCUACAAAGCCAGGCAUCAUCAGUGGGGCGAGGACGUGGCCAUUAAACUGCUUCGUCAUGACAACGGGAACGAGAAGUCUUUGCUGCAUGAGAUCAAGAUGAUGUGUCAAGCCACCAGCCCGCAUAUUAUGGCCGUCCGAGGGAUCUUCAAGGGUCGGAUGCCCUCCUCUGGCAGGUCAAGACAUCUUGGUCUGGUCAUGGAUCUCAUGAAGAGAGGAUCAUUGGCCUCCCUACAGGAAGCAUUGAACGGAACUCCACCCUGGCCGCUGGUCUUCAGUCUGGCUCACCAAGUGGCUCUGGGUAUAAAUUUCCUCCACAGUCUGGGUGUGCUCCACCAGGACCUGAAGCCCCAAAACAUACUGCUGGACGACUUUCUCAAUGCCAAGCUUACAGAUUUUGGCCUUGCCCGGACUUCCUGCAGCAUCACACUGCCCAAGGACGGUGAACCACUAGGAGGGACGCUUAAAUACAUGCCACCUGAGGCGUUAAAAAACCUAGAAUCGUCUGAACCUACCAGAGCCUUUGAUAUCUACAGUUUUGGGAUACUGCUUUGGUCCAUUGUCACAGGGAAACAACCAUAUGGAAAUGCACCGCCCGACUUAGUGAUGCUUCGCAUCCCACUGGGAGACCGCCCACUGCUGGAUGAUAUCAAGGGUGAUGCUGAGGGGUUGACAGAGUUGACAGGACUGAUGAAGAGAUGUUGGGAUCAUAAACCUCAACGAAGGCCAGGAGCCCUUGAGAUUACAACUGAGACAGAACAACUGUUCAAGUUGCACAAACAUGAACUCAAUAAAGCUGUCUAUAAAGUGCUGAAGAAACUGGACCAAAAGGAAGAAGACGACAUGGCAGCAGGAAAGAAGGUUCGGAGGGAUCAAAUCGCUAAGGCUCCAGUGGAGGAGAUCCAACAGGCCCUGAGAGGAUUGGAUCUGCCUCCUCUGGACCCUCUCAGGGUCCAGAGGAGUGAUCUGAUGAGAUGGACAAACGGAGGCGGUAACUGA